AUGAAUGAAGAGAAGGAUGAUGCAAACCCUCUUGUGGUACAACUUGAUGAUGGAGAUGCUCAAACAAAGGAGGAAAUACCCAACCAGUGGUUCAGUCAGGAUAUAUUUUCAGAAGCCGUGGAAGAAGGUGACUUGAGAAAUGAUGACGAAAUGCAAAUUGAGAAACAGAGGAAAACUCUGGCUAAACCCGACAAGUCGAAGCAGAAAGCGUCAAAAGCAAGCGUGUUGUCUGAUCAGAGCGUAGAUAUUGUCUCUGUGCAAAGGCAGAGAUAUUGGCAUGUGCCAAGAUAA